UCACAUCUCAACUCAAACUGCCCAUCACAAUGUCUACCACAACUUUCUUCACUCCCACCGGCGAAGUCGUUGUGAACAAGAUUGGCCACGGUCUAAUGUCCAUGACCGCGACGGCGACCAUCACCCCUGACAAACAGUGCUUCGAGGCAAUCAAGGCUGGUGUUGACUCUCUUCCUCCAGGUGUGAAGAUGUUCCUGAACGCCGGGGAGUUCUAUGGCCCAAACGCCAGUCCUGUCAACCUCGAGAUGCUCUCCCGGUUCUUCGAGAAGUACCCCGACUACGCUGAGAAGACGUUCCUGUCUGUCAAGGGUGGCAUGCAAGCCGGCUCGCUCGUUGCGGACGGCAGCGACGAGAACCUCGCGCGGAGCGUGAACACCAUCGUCGAGAAGCUCCGCGGAUUCAAAAAGGUCGAUCUCUUCCAGUGCGCGCGCGUCGACAAGAAGGUGCCCGUCGAGCAGUCCAUCGCGACGCUCGCCCGCUUCGUCAAGGAGGGUAAGAUCGGCUCGAUCGGCAUGUCCGAGGUCAGGGCGGAGACUUUGCUUCGCGGGCACAAGGUGCAUCCCAUCACCACCGUUGAGAUCGAGGUCAGCCCGUGGGAGUACAGCCAGGAAGUGAGGGACGUGAUUAAUGCGGCGAAGGAGAACAACAUCGUUGUUGUUGCGUACUCACCCAUCGGCCACGGCUUCCUCUCAGGCGAGAUCAGAAAGCUCGAGGACUUCGCUGCGGACGACCGCCGGCGCAUGCACCCGCGCUUCCAGCCAGGGAACCUCGAAAAGAACCUCGUCAUCGUCGACCAGCUCACCGCGAUCGCGACCGCAAAGGGCAUCACCCCCGCGCAGCUCUCCAUCGCCUGGGUCUCCUCCCUCGGCCCGCACGUCCUGCCCCUUCCUGGCUCCGCCCGCACGGCGCGCCAGCUCGAGAACCUUGCCGCCAACAGCGUCACGUUCACGCCCGAGGAACUCGACAAGGUCAACGAGGUCGUCAGGAAUGCCGAGCCCGCGGGCACGCGCUAUCCCGAGUUCCUUCUUAAAGACCUCUGGGCUUAAGCGGAUGCUAGCGUUUUGCUGGUUGCUGUGUAGCUCGGUGUAUUGAAUGUUAGUCGAUAGCAGCUGCUUAUCAUUGAACACUACUGCGAAUCCUUCGUGUC